AUGGAUGAACAACGACAAUCAUCACGUUUAGAUUGGGCUGAAUUAUCAUGGACAAGAUGGAUACAAAUUCCAUUUCAAUCAUGGAUAACACCUAUUCUUUCUUUGAGUAAUCAACGUACUCUUGUUGAAAAUGAUCUUGACGAUGUUUCGAUCAAAGAUAAAUGUUCAGUUUUGUUAAAUCGAGUUAAUCAAUUUGAUUGUCAAUGGGCAGGAACGUGGAAUGUUUUAAAACGAACAUUUUUGAAAGAUUUUCUCUUGAGUAUAAUACUUGUUUUUCCAUUUAUAAUAUCUCAAAUAGCCCAACCAUUACUUAUUCGUCAAAUAGUUCUCGGUAUUAAGAAUCAAUCAGGAUUACCAUAUUACGCUGAUUAUCUUCUUUGUCUUGCUCUUUUCACUUCUUGUUUAAUACAAGCAAUUUUUUCUCAACAAAUCUUCUUUCGAAAUAGUCGCGUAGGAAUGAGAAUUCGUAAUAGUUUAUCGUCUAUUAUCUAUAAACACUUGUUGACAAUCAAUACUGCAGCUCUUCAUGAGACAACUGCAGCUCAAAUGAUCAAUUUAAUUGCCAAUGAUGUUAAUAAAUUUGAAGAACUCAGUAUGUUUGUUCAUACUCCAUUAUUGGCAAUUGUCGAAGCUCUUGCGGCGUUUGGACUUCUUUUUUGGCACAUCGGUUUACCAACAAUCUUUGGUUACACCGUACUCGUUUUAUUGAUACCUUUACAAUUCAUUUUCAGUCGACAAUUCAGUAAAUAUCGUCGUAUAACAAUGAAAUGUACGGAUAAACGCGUACAAACGAUCAAUGAACUCGUCAAUGGCAGUCAAAUUAUUAAAAUGUAUAAUUGGGAAAAAGCAAUGGAACAACGAGUAUGCGAGACACGUCAAGAUGAACUUUCGAACAUAUACAAAGUGAGCUGUUUAAGAACUUUCAACACUGCAGUUGCUUUUACAACACUUCCAUUAAUUACUCUUGCAACAUUCGGUGGAAGUUGGUUAUUGGGUCGAACACUUUUGCCUGAAAAUAUAUUCACAACACUCGCCUUUUUCGUCAUGGUUCGUGUUGCUGUGACAAUUGGAUUACCAACUGCGAUCGAAAAAUUCAAUGAACAACGACAAUCAUCACGUUUAGAUUGGGCUGAAUUAUCAUGGACAAGAUGGAUACAAAUUCCAUUUCAAUCAUGGAUAACACCUAUUCUUUCUUUGAGUAAUCAACGUACACUUGUUGAAAAUGAUCUUGAUGAUAUUUCGAUCAAAGAUAAAUGUUCAGUUUUGUUGAAUCGAGUUAAUCAAUUUGAUUGUCAAUGGGCAGGAACAUGGAAUGUUUUAAAACGAAUAUUUUUUAAAGAUUUUUUCUUGAGUAUAAUACUUGUUUUUCCACUUAUAAUAUCUCAAAUAGCCCAACCAUUACUUAUUCGUCAAAUAGUUCUUGGUAUUAAGAAUCAAUCAGGAUUACCAUAUUACGUUGAUUAUCUUCUUUGUCUUGCACUUUUUAUUUCUUGUUUAAUACAAGCAAUUUUUUCUCAACAAAUCUUCUUUCGAAAUAGUCGUGUAGGAAUGAGAAUUCGUAAUAGUUUAUCGUCUAUUAUCUAUAAACACUUGUUAACAAUCAAUACUUCAGCUCUUCAUGAGACAACUGCAGCUCAAAUGAUCAAUUUAGUUGCCAAUGAUGUUAAUAAAUUUGAAGAACUUAGUAUGUUUGUUCAUACUCCAUUAUUGGCAAUUGUCGAAGCUCUUGUGGCAUUUGGACUUCUUUUUUGGUAUAUCGGUUUACCAACAAUCUUUGGUUACACUGUACUUAUUUUAUUGAUACCUUUACAAUUCAUUUUUAGUCGACAAUUCAGUAAAUAUCGUCGUAUAACAAUGAAAUGUACAGAUAAACGUGUACAAACGAUCAAUGAACUUGUCAAUGGCAGUCAAAUUAUUAAAAUGUAUAAUUGGGAAAAAGCAAUGGAACAACGAGUAUGUGAAACACGUCAAAAUGAACUUUCGAACAUAUACAAAGUGAGCUGUUUGAGAACUUUAAACACUGCACUUGCUUUUACAACACUUCCAUUAAUUACUCUUGCAACAUUCGGUGGAAGUUGGUUAUUGGGUCGAACAUUAUUACCGGAAAAUAUAUUUACAACACUCGCCUUUUUCGUCAUGGUUCGUGUUCCUGUAACAAUUGGAUUACCAACUGCGAUUGAAAAAUUCAGUGAGGCUUGUGUUUCAGCAAAACGAAUCGAUCAAUUUAUGCAACUCGAUAUAUUGUCAAAUAAACAUGAAAAAGAAACGAAUGAAAAUGAUGAUAAUGCUAUUAUUAUGGAAGAUGCAUCAUUUUCUUGGAAAGAUACUCCUACUUUGUUUUCUCUCAAUCUCAAAGUCAAAACUGGAACUUUAGUUGGAGUAACAGGUCCGAUCGGUGCUGGUAAAUCAACGCUACUCGCUGCUAUUCUAAAUGAGAUCAAUCUUAUGAGUGGUAAAUUACAAUUACAUAUCAAUUCCAUUUCAUAUGCACCACAAUCAGCUUGGAUAUUUGCUGAUACAAUUCGAGCGAAUAUUCUUCUUGGUAAACCAAUGGACAAUGAACGUUAUAAGAAUGUGAUCAAAGCAUGUUGUCUUGAUGUUGAUCUCGAAAGUUUUGGUGAAGUUGGUGAUCUAAUGAUCGUUGGAGAUAAAGGAAUAAACUUAAGUGGUGGACAAAAAGCUCGUUUAUCACUUGCACGUGCUCUAUACGCUGAUACUGAUUUAUAUUUACUCGAUGAUCCACUCGCUGCUGUUGAUCCUAAAGUAGCAAAAUUAAUCUUUGAUCAAUGUAUUGGUCCUCGUGGUCUUCUUCGGAAAAAAACUCGAAUAUUGAUUACACAUCAAAUACAUUUUUUAGUUGAAACAGAUCAAGUGAUUUCGAUGAAAAAUGGUCAUAUUGAACAAUUACAAAUGAAACAAGUGUCUACAGAUGAACUAUCAAAUGAUUCAUCACAAGCAGAAUCAUCUGACAAAAAGGAAACCGAUUGGACACCAGAUACUGCUGUCUUAGAUAUGAAAUCGAUUGUGAAAAAUGAGACAUCGGCUGAAGGAGGAAUUGCAUGGCCCGUUUGGUUCAAAUUGUUUACUGCACCACCUUUACAAUGGUUUGGAUUAUUUUUAAUGAUUAUCUUUAUGCUUAUUAAUCAAGCUGCAUAUGAUUUUUCUAAUGUUUGGCUUGCUCUCUGGUCUGAUAAAGAUAAUCGAGAACAACGAUUAUCAAUCUAUGCAUAUUUCUAUGUUGGAGCUGUAAGUUUGACAUUGAUCGUAGCGAUCAUACGUGUUGGCUUUACCUACUAUAUUUUACUCCGUGGUUCAACUUAUUUUCACAAUCGAAUGCUCAAAGGUAUAUUAUAUACUUCAUUACGAUUCUUCGAAAGUAAUCCAAGUGGGAGAAUUCUAAAUCGAGCAAGUAAAGAUCAACAAGUUUUAGAUCAUUCGUUACCAUUAGCUUUCAUUGAUACGAUGCAAUAUCUUUUGCUGAUUAUUGGUUCUAUUACAAUUAUUGGUAGAACAAAUCCAUGGGUACUUUUCAUUCUCAUUCCUUUAGUUCCUUCCAUUUUGUGGCUUCGUCGAUUCUAUAUGCGUUCAAGUCGUCAACUGAAACGACUCGAAAGUGUAACACGUAGUCCUGUUUAUACAUUCUUUUCAUCAUCAUUCGAUGGACUUACCAGUAUUCGAGCAUUCAACAUUCAAAGUGAUUUUUUAAACAUGUUUAUGGAAAAAAUUGAUAAUAAUUCACGAGCUUAUUUCAUUGUCUCUUCAUCUGCAUAUUGGUUUGGUUUACGACUCGAUAUUUUAGUAUCAUUUCUCACAUUGGUCACUGCUCUUCUUGCAGUUACUUUUCGUCAUCAAAUAGAUCCGUCGGCAGCAGCACUUAGUGUCACAUAUUGUAUCACUUUAACAGGUCUUUUCCCAUGGGCUAUGCGACAAUCAGCUGAAGCUGAAAAUUCCAUGACUAGUGCAGAACGUAUUUAUGAAUAUAGUCAACUGAUAUCAGAAAAUCAACAGAAUAGUAAUGAAAAUAAUCUUCCCAUUCAACCAGCAACAGAUUGGCCUUCUCGUGGUAUUAUUGAAUUUAAAGAUUAUACAUUUCGUUAUCGUCAAGAACUUGAUCCUGUACUGAAAAAUCUUAAUCUAAAAAUUGAAUCAAAGGAAAAGAUUGGCGUUAUCGGUCGAACAGGUGCUGGUAAAUCAUCACUUCUUCAAGCCCUUUUUCGACUUGUUGAUCAAUCAGCAAUCAGUGGAAAGAUACUCAUUGACAAUAUUGAUAUUCAAAAUGUUUCACUCGAUUAUCUUCGUUCUCAUUUAAGUGUUAUUCCACAAAUUCCCAUUCUUUUCUGUGGAACACUUCGUUAUAAUAUUGAUCCAUUUGGACAAUUUUCAGAUGAAGAUUGUCUUUCAGCACUUGAAGCCGUGCAACUCAAACAAUUAGUACGAAAUCAUCCCGAUGGACUUCGUCUAUUAGUUGCUGAAUCCGGUGCAAAUUUAAGUGCUGGUGAACGUCAAUUGAUCUGCGUAGCACGAGCCAUUUUAAAGAAGAGUCGAAUAUUACUCAUUGAUGAAGCUACAGCAAAUGUUGAUUAUGACACGGAUAAAAUCAUUCAACAAGUUAUUGCCGAGAAAUUUCGUGAUUGUACCAUUUUAACCAUUGCUCAUCGUUUGAAUACAAUCGAUAAUAGUGAUCGAAUUCUUAUGUUACAACAAGGAGAAGUUGUUUAUUUUGAUGUUCCAAAUAAUAUUCGUUUAUAUUAA